UCAAGCAUCAUGCAGACCUCAAAAUUCCUACCUCGUGCUUCGGUGCAUAUCACCAAGCAAGCUUCCCUGCCAUUUUUUCGCACCUUCGCCUCGUCAUCAAUUGUCAUGCAGCGUGUCUCGGAACUCAUCAAGCACGACCAUGAUGAACUGAGAACCUUCAAGGACAAUAUUCUCAAGGCCACCACCGACGACGAGAAGGUCCGCUGGCAGAACCAGUUCACAUGGGAGCUGGCCCGCCACAGUAUUGCUGAAGAGCUGGUCGUUUACCCUGCCAUGGAACGAAACUGUCCUGGAGGCGAGACCUUGGCCAACAAAGAUCGCGCUGAACACAGAAAGGCAAUGCUGAUCACAGNNGUCAAGGAGCUUCUCUACAAGUUCCAAGGACUGAAGCCCGACGUCGAAGACUUCGAACCAACUCUUAAGGCCCUAUGGAGCGAACUGGACCAGCACAUCAAGGAGGAAGAAAAUGAAGACCUGCCUCAUCUUGAGAAGCACACCCCUACAGACGAGUCUGCCAAUCUAGCUGCCAGCUUCAAUCGCACUAAAGCUUUCGUUCCGUCCAGAAGCCAUCCUUCUGCUCCCGACGACGGCGGACCUUUCGAGACCGUGGCUGGGCUGAUGGCUGCUCCCAUGGACAGGAUUGGAGAUAUGUUCCGCAAGUUCCCCAAGACUCGUUGA